AUGUCAAACAAAAUCGAGGAGACAGACUUGCUCCACACAGAACCCUCUUCUGAGGACUCACUUCUCAAACUGCUACAGGACUCUGCACAGAGUCUGAGGGGGCUGUUAUCAGACCAAGGCAGAACCAGAGGAGGCAGGGGAUUGCGGGGGGAGCUUACCCAGGCUGGGGUGCUCCAGCUGGGGCAGGCAAACUCGGCUGGGACCCUCUGUAUGCUCCUCAGCGUGCUGAAGGAGCUGGCUGAGCUUAACACACAGAGGGUCCGUGCCUGGAGAGAAACUCUGAGAGACACUGCACACACACUCUCUGAGGACUGUGAUUUUGACCCCAGUUUGUCAGGUGUCACCAGUGUUUCUGAUGACUGUAAACUUCACCACACCACUGUCCUGAUCCUCAGCAUCUUGCAGGACACCCAGAACCUCGAGGAGAAGCUGCAGACCAUAAAACACAAACUUAACAUGGGCAUGCAGAGUCACUUCCAGACCAUGUCAGAUGACUCAGGAGGUCAUCUAGACUCAGCCUGGAUCCCCAAACCACUGCGUGGACAGACCGCACCCCCGAACCACUGCGUACGCAGCCCGCUCCCCCGAACUACUGCAUACGCAGACUGCACGCCCGAACCACUGCGUAUGCAGACUGCUGCUGGCUCUGAUGUGGCGGGAAACCGGGUGAUAGUAAUGGACCAAUCAGAGAGCAGCGAGUCAGAUGGUCCGGCUGCCUGCUACGUGACAGCGCCAGCAGAGAUCGCAGAGGUCAUGACUUGCGAGGUGUCAAGUGACCUGAGUUCUGUUCUGGUGUGGGGUUCGGAGGAAAUGGUCAGCAGCAUAAUCACGAUCCAAGUCCCUGACGACGCCAAGAGUCCCUUCCCCAUCACCGUAGCCAUGUCUUUCCGCGCCCGUUACCACGGAAACCACCGGGACAUCGCAGUCAAGGUGGUGGAUCGGGAGUCAAGGACAAGCUACGUCACGCCUGUGUCCAUGGAGAGCAGCUACAGAGGCCGGAGGGGCUCCUUCGCGGUCAUCCGUGUGUACACCCUGGGUGUGUUUGCGGUCGUGUCGUGUUUAAGGAGAGAGACGUUUAUGGUUCCUAAGAGAGGGCUGUCUCUGAAGCUUAGCGUGGAUUCCCGAAUCUGCCUGGAGUACCCGCCCAACACUUUCCCCACGCCCGUCAUUGCUCAGGCCACUGUUCAACCCUUGGAUGCUGCUAUCUUGUCCAGUCUGAAGUCUCAGAGAGACCUGUAUCACUCUGCACUGGCCACCAGUCCCCUUCUCUACCUGAGUCACCCUUCACCUCUGACCCUACGUCGACCCCUCACCAUAACCAUGCCCUGCCCUCCAAACCCUGACAAGAGGAGGGGAGGGGAGGAGGUUGACAUGCCACGCCCAGCCACUGCAGUCCAGACCCGGGAUACACAUGUGCCAUGUCAACUCAGGAUUGUCAGUGCUUCAGUCAAGUCGUCGAGAGACACAGCCAAUGAGCAACUGGCUUUGCUUUGCUGGAGAGAAGAGCAGUGGAACAUUCUAGAUAAAGUGAAUGUGAAGAACCUGCAAAAUGGCCUGGUAUCUUUUGAACUAAUGGAGAAAUAUGAAAGGUUGAUGGUGGUGCGUUUGCUGUCCCCCGUUAAACCCCUGUACCUGGCCUCACUGGCAGAAGAGGUGGAGAGAGCUGUGAGGGUUUCCGCGGUAACCAUAGUGCUCCAGCGGAAGAAGGAUGACCCCUACAGUGUUGUGGUGGCUGCCCUGCCCAGCAGAGACCUGAGCUGGGAGAUGGCCAAACUCCAGGCCCAGGCUUUCUGCAGCCCACUGGAACACUCCGGAGAUAUCCCCAUGCACGAGGGAGAACAGCUCCUCCUGACCUUUAGUGGAAAUAUUACCUGCACAGAUGGGCACAGAGAAACAUCGAAGAUACUCACCUUUCACAACCAGAGGAGGAGGCAUUUGCAUCUCACGCUGACAGAGGUAGACUCGUUUGGAAACUACAGCUCAGCCCAUUACAAAGGCACGGCCGUCUUCACGAGAGUCAGCGUGGGUCAGCUGGUCUGGAAAGGAAACAGACCUGUCCCCAUGAAAGGGCGUCCCCUAGAGGAGCCUGUCUGUAAGCUAAGCCUCACUCUGCCCAAGGUGCAUCAAUCACACCUCCAGCCAUCAGACACAAACUAUACCUAUACAAGGCUGCUAGACGCUCUCUCUGAUGACCUCUUGUCGUGGUUGUGUGAGGAGUUGGCAGAGGAGGAUGCUACCCUGCUGGUUAUGGGUCUGCGUCUGCGCCGAUCGUCCGUUCAGUUGGCCCGUCUCCGUGCCCCCGAGGGCGUGGCCCAGCAAACUCUCCACCUGCUGUCUCUCUGGAGACGCAGCCUCCCCUCCUCCGUCCCCAAAGGCCCCGCCCUGGCCCGCUGUCUGAGGCGCUGUGGCCGGCCUGACCUGGCCGUGGAGCUGCUGCAGCGAGAAGCCACUGUCGAGAGACGGAGAGUCAGGAACCUGGAGACAUGGGAGAACUCAGGCCCUGGACCCUGUUCCUGA